UCUCAUCUUUUUGAGAAUUGAAUACAAUUUGCAUAUUAAUUUGGAACACACUUUAUAAGAUAAAUCAUCUGUACCGGAUGGCCAUUUGCUCACAAAACUGCUAAAACAGGUGGAACUUAAGGGGUUAUAAUGUGUUUGAUAACCUUGAUAAUAUCUUUCAAUGUACUGUUCCAUUCCAGUGGCUUUUUUGACUCACCAGCAUUCAUUCCUUCAUUCACUCAUUUUUUCAUUCAUUUUCUUAACCGUUUGUCCCUUUCGGGGUCACGGGGCUGCCGGAGCCUAUCCCGGCCACUUGUGGGCGAAGGCAGGGGACCCGGACAGGACAGCCAUCCUGCCAUUGCAGCAGCUCCUUUUGUGCAUGUCCUAAAGUUUGGAGACCAUUUCAGUAUUCAUAGCCAUCCAACAAAUUCAUUUCUGCAGUUGUAGUGUUGUUUGGCAACUGCAAAUAAAUUCUUUGAAAAUCAUACCCUGGGAUUUCCUGAAUUCCUUUAUUCCUUUUUUACAUUCUGUCUCUCCUAGUUGGAAGGUUUUUAAAUAAUAAAAAUUGUAGCCUCAUCUUUGUAUUUGGGACAACUUGCAUGAUCAGAAACUGACAAAUGCUUUAUUGUCCCACAUCUGUAGUAUAUAUUCUUUAAAUCAUGCGUAGGUCACUCCAGGCCUCAAGGGCAGGUUUUUCUGGACAUCCUUCCCCUAAUCACGGUUUAGCACUAGUUUCCGGUGUGUUGGGUCAAAUACAACAUGCCAGAGCAAGGUAUUUUGGAAAACAGGCAAGGCAGCCAUGUGAUCCUUGGCCCCCACCUGUUUUGAAUGACACAUGUCAGAAAAAAAAAUUUGAUCUCCCCCAAAAACAAAAAGCAAAAAAUUGUACAAGAAAACCCAGCAAGGGUAUGAGCAGAAUAAAAUCACCACAAGGGGGAAAAAAGUGAAUGGGAGGGGCCAAAGAGGUAAUAGAUGUCAGACAUAAACAUGGUUUAUAUUUUAAGAGACAGCUGAAGCAGAUUUUAUUUCACAAAACAUGGAGUUACAAGACGGUGCAGACUUUUGCUUUCCCCAGUUCCUAAACAUGUCUUGCAUAAAACCUGUUUCUUUGUCAGUUGAAGCUGUGCUUGUUCAGAUGGUGCUGUUCUUCGUCUCUUUUCUUACUGUGGCUCUUAACCUGCUGGUCAUCAUCACUGUCUCCCACUUCAGGCAGCUCCACUCCCCCACCAACAUCCUCCUCCUUUCUCUGGCUGUUUCAGACUUUCUUACAAGCCUCAUCUUGAUGCCAGCAGAAAUAAUUCGGAAUGUUGCCUGUUGGUUUCUUGGUGACACUGCAUGUUUUUUGUAUAAUUCUUUGUCCUUUGUCCUUACUUCUGCCUCAGUUGGAAACAUGGUACUGAUUUCAGUUGACCGUUAUGUUGCAAUAUGUGACCCUCUGCAUUACCCAACCAAAAUCACAGAGAAAAGAGUUAAGCUGGGUGUCUGUCUUUGUUGGCUCUGCUCUAUUUUUUAUGGCACUUUUAUUGUGAAGGAGGACCUUGCAAGCCAAGGCAGACCAAAUUCCUGCUAUGGGGAAUGUGUGAUUACAGUUGAUUAUAUUGAAGGAACUAUAGACCUUGUUGUAAGCUUUAUUGUUCCAGUUUUUGUGAUUGUGGUUCUGUACAUGAGAGUGUUUGUGGUGGCUGUGUCUCAUGCUCGUGCCAUGCGCUCUCAUGUUACAGCCGUCACACUGCAGCCUCCAACAACUCAAACAGUCAGGAAAUCAGAGCUGAAAGCAGCCAGGACUCUUGGUGUUCUUAUAGCUGUAUUUCUAAUGUGUUUUUGCCCAUAUUAUUGCAUUUCUCUGGCAGCUGACAACUUGCUCAAUAACUCGUUUGCAUCGUACUCCGUCUUUCUGUUCUACCUAAAUUCUACUUUUAACCCUGUGGUUUAUGCAUUGUUCUACCCCUGGUUCAGAAAAGCUGUGAAACUUAUUGUUACUCUGCAAAUACUGCAGCCUGACUCUAGUGAUGCAAAUGUAUCAUAGAACAAAUUAUUUAAAUGUACAGUGUAAUAGUCCGAAAUUCUUUCCAGAAUUCGUUGUAAUUUUACAUUUUUUUAAAUAGAAAAAUGAAAACUACUGUAAUGGCAAAAUAGUUAACACCUAUUAUGCAGAACUCACAUGAAGAACAUUCUUCCUAUAUAUGCUGCAAUUUAAAGGCUGGUAAAGAAUGAUAACUAAUUUCAUAGCCUUACAAAUAUGAAUGGAGAAGUUUAUAAAGUUUGAAGCAAAAGUGAAAUUCUUCCAACACAUGAAUAACAUGAACAUACAAACUCACACAUGUAUAUUACGGUUUGAUUGUGUCGUUAGUUGUUCUUUCAAAAUGCUCCUUUUGAAUGCUUAGUAGUACGG